CGAAGAAGAAGCAUCGCUCGCGUCUUUCUCGCUCUUUCUGCUGAAACAGAACAAAGUUCUUCUCGAUCUGUAGGGAAGAGGAACACAAGGAAAUUCACAUGGCGGACACCCUCUUCUCGACCCUCUCCGACGACGUCGUCCUCAACAUCUUCUCCAAGCUCGAGGACGACCCCCGUCACUGGGCCCGCCUCGCCUGCGUCUGCACCAAGUUCUCGUCCCUGAUCCGCAACGUCUGCUGGAAGGCCAAGUGCUGCGCCACCAUCCCCUCCGUCGUCGCCGACCUCGCCGACGCCACCUCCUCCGCCUCGUCCUCCUCGCCCCCCGGCGGCUGGUCGUCCCUCCACAAGCUCGCCGUCUGCUGCCCCGGCCUCCUCCACGCCGGCGUCCUCCUCGAGAACUCGGACUUCGGCCUUGAGCGCGAGCUCGGCCCCAACGAGGAUUUCUCGAGAUCGGAUCGCCCCCAACCCGAUUCUUCCUCCUCCGCCACUGCCGCCAACGCCUCCUCCUCCUCCUCCUCCUCGAUUAAUUGCCGUGAGAAUUCAGUACCCGUCGAUAGUUGUUCUUGGUCUCUGUACGAUGAUCUGUACUUUGAUACUGUUUACAAUACGUCCGAGUCGCAAGAGGGUGUGCAAUUGGGGGAUGAAGAUGUGGCUGUGGAAAGAGGGUAUGUGAAGGUGGGUGGGGAUACCAAUGCCUGCAAGAGGAGGAAAAUUUGGCGGUCGAUGCGGUCGCAUUUGGCAUCCGGCGUUUGGAAUUUGUGCCGGGAACAGGGGAACAAGCUGCUUGCGAGCCGGUUCCGAGGAGACUGCCUGUACCUCUGCGACUGGCCUGGGUGCGUCCACAUCGAGGAGAAGAGGAAUUACAUGCUUUUCCGUGGGGUGUUCAAGAAUUUCAAGCGGUCCAUGGUUUGGAGGACGAUAAACGACGGGAAUAGGAGCAAGAUCGACGUGAAUUGCGCCUUCUGCUCGUGCAAGGAGACUUGGGACUUGCACUCUGCCUUCUGCUUGAGGCGGAUCUAUGGGUACCAUGACGAUGGCGAGCCGGUUGUUCGAGCUUAUAUCUGUGAGAAUGGACAUGUCUCUGGGGCGUGGACCGACUUGCCACUUUAUACUUGAUGGCAACCCUCCUGUGUUGUCCCCUAUUCCCGCCUUAAUGUCUUUAAUAUGGUAUUGCUGUUUAGCAGUACUUAGCUGAUUUAUGUUAGCUUAUGUCUGAUUGAUCAUGUCUCUUGCAUUUUUAUCUUGUUGUUGUUGAUUCAAGAUGCUUACUGUUAAAUGUAUCUUUGGUUCAAAUGAGAUAUCAGAUUGGUAUGACCGGGCUGCUAGUGGCUGCUAGUGUGUGUGGUAUGAAUUUAUAGCAGCAUUGC